UCCGGGUUAGAGGUCAACAUCUGCACCAGUUCCCGCCUCCCGAGAACUGCAUGCACCAAGUUACAUUGUGUGUGUUAAAUAUUAGUGGGCGUGUUCGCCAAGUACGUGACUUCAGAAUUUCAUUGUUUCCAGCGACAUCUGCUAUUGUUUGAACCAUGGGAGAACCAGAAAGGAUAUGGACCGAGGAGCAGGCUCUGUCGGACGAUGUCGGCAAGAAAGAUCUGAUCAAAUUUCUGCAAGACCAUGCUUCCAAGGAGUUUCUUGCAAACCACAAGAUGCUGGGCAGCGCCAAGAACGUUGCCAAGACGAGCAAGAAGGAAAACCUGGUGGAGGCUUACAAACAGAUGUUUGACACCAAGGCAUUCAAAGAUGCUGCACAGGACAAGGAGUUUGAUGAGAUGACUGCAAAGGCUAAAGAACUCAAGAUGUCUGAGAAGGCAAAAGGAGAGGAAGAGGAGGAGGAGGCUGCAGAAGCUCCCAAAUACACCAAACAGAUCCUGAAGAAGGGUGAUGGGAAGAACUUCCCCAGUAAGGGAGACCUGGUGUCCUGCUGGUACAAAGGGAUGCUGGAGGAUGGCACUGUGUUCGACACAAACAUCUCCGAUGGGAGCAGGAAGAAGAAAGCAACUGCCCUGAAGUUCAAGGUUGGAACAGGCAGAGUUAUCAGAGGGUGGGAUGAAGGACUGAUGACCAUGAGUAAGGGGGAGAAAGCCAAGCUUGUCAUUGAGCCAGACUGGGCCUACGGUAGGAAGGGGCUAGAGAAGAAAAUCCCUCCUCAUGCAACAUUAACCUUUGAGGUGGAGCUGGAGAACAUAGAGUGACCAGGUCAGAGUUCAUCCAGGGGUUAAAGUGCACACCACAUACAGUAGUGUAGUAAGCCUCCUGCCAUGCAUGGAAGGCAGGGGAUCACCUGGAAGAUUUGUUAAGGACAGAACUCAUUAUAUAUGCUCUACACAACUGUGCUUCCAUUCAUGUAGAAGGCAGUUAUAGAAGGGUAGAACUGAACUAAAUUGUACAUGAUAUGAAACUAAAGUGGGGUAGUCCCUAUGUCAUCAAAAUGACAGUACCUGAGCAGUAAGUUGUGGUAGGUUGUCAGCAAUUCCGUCUUCUAACAUCCACCAGGGAAGUCUGUAUGUAACCUAAGCUUGCUGUGGCAGAGUAUCCCAAGAUUCAUGGUGACAGAUGAUCCAGAGAUACUCUGCUACCUGACCGGCUAAGGUCACAUAACACACUGACUUCAUGAAGGAUGCAAAAAGAGGAAAUUGUGGAUGACCUCAUAACCACCAGUAGCUGGUUGGCUGGCACCAUUUUGAUGCCUUGCAUGCAGAUGUAGAUUGUUACCCAUCGAUACCAAGGCUCUGGACUAUAACUGUGGGUUGGAUUAGUAUUAUGUACAGAGGGGCUAUCACAGACUGAUAUGCAAAGUAUUUUGUUUAUUUGUUUGUUUCUUGUUGUAAUGCGUGUUAUUUGAUGACACAAAAACCUCCAGAGUGAUAUUUUCUUUCGUCUCAAAUACCUUUGUCUGAUAUAUUCCUAUCAAAGCGGUGUUUACAAGUUGUCACCUAAGUUGUGUCUUAGAGGCACUGUCAAGAUGUGACACUUGUGUCUUGAGUUUUUAUUUUACUGGCAUCAAAAGUGUAAGAAAGUCAACUUUCCAGUCAAGUCAUCAUUAUGACCAUUGCUGUAUACUUGUAGACACAGUUGCUAUAGCUGUGACUUCUAGACAAGGUGAUCCUGGAUAUGUCAGAGAGAAAUCUACUGUUUAUUUUUGUGGCAAUAUAGAGAUAACUGUUCAAGUUAACUUUCAUUAUGCUGUUAUUCAAACAAUCUUGGCAAAAUUUGAUUUUAGUCUACAUUGCCUUUUUUUUCUUUUUCUUUUGUAACGCUUUUGUCAUGGCUAGUAAAUAACCUCCAUGAAAUAACAAAGACAUUCCCAUUUUAUUUCAUGUUAUUUUAGAAAUCACUGAAAAAGGAAAUUUAGGAAACAUAAAGAAAUGUUACCUGAUUUACAACAAGAUUUAAGCCAUUCUGAUUGUGAAAUCUUUUUGACACCUUUUAAAGGUAUAUUUGAAAAGCAGUCUUAUGAUAUUUGACUUAUUUAGGUACUGAAACAGGCAGCUAACAAUGAGACAAAUUGUGAGAAUGACAUGUUGUCAACUGCUGUUGUGAAAGUUUAGGUUAGCAUUUUUUUGUAUAUGAGAUGCCACAAGUCUUUGCCAGACAUUGAUAGAUAGAAGCCAGUUACUUGUCCAAUAAUAAAAGGUAUCUAAAAGGUGGCA